AUGUUCCUCAUGACUGUACCAAGCCUGCUUGGCUUAGCCGGGACCCACGGCCCCGCAGAACCAGCGUCAUCAAGCCCCGAGGGAGCCCUGGGGCCACCUGCCCUACGUGCCCAUGUGGAGCUGGGUACCAUGUCCACGUCUUUGUGGGAUCCUGGAGUAACCAGAGGGUACACCGGGUUGGUCUUCGGUCUGCCAGCGGCUGUGGACGCCGUCCAGAGAUGCCUCGGCACAGGCAUCUCCACCCUGCAAGAGAUCGUCACCUCGAGCAAGAAGGGGAUCUUUGCAAUCUUCGUGAUGAUCAUAGGUGCUCUCGUUGGUUCCUGCUGCGGGAUCCUGCAGCUCAUGUGGAUGCAGGGGGCAGAGGAUGUGGCACAGGUGCCGCUGGGGCAGGCAUCAGCCAACCUGUGGUCCCUACGGGAACAAUCCCCAGCAAUGGAACUCCUGAGGAAGGAGAUCAGGCGCCUGGCUGCAGAGAUCGAUGCUAGCAAGGAGGAAGUUCGGCUAAUGAGAGAGGCAAUGUCUGCAAGCAUGCAGAUGUCUGACUGGGCUCUGAAAGAGGCAGGGGCUGCCAUGGACCUGCAGAGAUCGUCCAGCAGCUCUGCAGGACUCUGCAGGGUGUUUUGGUUCCUGUGUGCUCCAGCCCCCCAGGACACCUUUGUGCAGCCGGAUGCUUUGCCGGGAUACUGCUGGCCUUUCCAAGGGUCUUGGAGCGAGGUGCUGAUCCGGUUGCCCACACAAAUAACACCAAUAGCCAUAACCAUACAGCACACCGCAAAGAUGGCCUCUGCGCUGGGGACUGUCAGCAGUGCCCCCCGAGAUUUCACUGUCUCUGGACUGGAUGAGGAAGGCGAGCAAGAAACUCUGCUGGGGACAUUCACCUACACUUUGCAGAAAGGGCCAAAUCAGACCUUCCCUCUGCAGAAUGGGAUUCCCAGAGGCUUUCGGUUUCUGAAACUUGGCAUACGGAGCAACUGGGGAAAACCAGGAUACACCUGCAUUUAUCGAGUGCAAGUGCAUGGGAAGAUCGUGGGAAGGAAGGCCGUCAGCCAGACACCUGUGUAG